CAGCGAGAACUUUCGCUUUUCAUCCAAUCAUGUCGUCCCCCCCAGACGGCGGGGGCACCAGCCCCGAAUGUUGGGGCCCCGACCUGUUCGCGGGCUACAACUUUCCGCGGGAACAGAUUGGUGGUUCUUCGUCGUCUUCGUUUCGUCCGCCGGAGCGAACAAGUUCUGCCGAUGCAGAAACCGACCGCGCGCUGGUGCACGGCGCAACAUCGGCAAAUUUGCUUUCGCGGUCAGUUCUCCCACAUGCAACCGAGGGUGAACAGCAACACGACCACCAGCCGCCGUUUCUUUUCAUGCCGAGCGAGCAGCAGCCGCAGCCGUUUCUGUUCGGGCAAUUUGCCGAGACGGUUUCGGACUCGAAGCUGCGGGAGUUCGGGUUGAUCGGCUGGAUCCAGUCCUCUCUCGACGAGUCGAUAUUGCAGUCGACCUCGAUCAGGUCAAGGGAGAAGGUCGAACAGCUGUUUGGCAUGAAGUUCGACUACAGUCAGUUCCCCAAAGUCGUGGUGUCUCACACCAACCCGAAAACCCCGGACGGGUCCGGACCGUCUCGCGCCGCGAAAGCGGGUAUCGUUGAGGGGGACCAGCUGAUCAUCGCGGCCGGGAGCAGAAUCACGUCUCUCGCCACGUGGAAAGGCUCGAGUCCGGACGGCGCGCUGUUGGAGCAAGCGAAUGCGAAGGUGGGGAAGAAGGAGAAGUGCAGUUUCAUCUUCUACCGAAAGAAAUACGUGGGGGAAUACGUCCAAUUACACUACUCCGGCUCCUCCGGUCUGCCGGUCGGGAUCGAGUCGGACGGGGAGAAAAACGCUCUGUCGGCCGAUCCACCGCCGGGUUCGUGGGCGGCGAAAGUGGGCCUGAAAGCUGGGGACAUGGUCUUGAUCGCGGGGAACGACAGCAUUGUCCGGCACCCGGAGAGGCUCGCGGGGUAUUGUAGUGGGAACAGUUCCUGCGACUUCUUCAUCCGCCGCUCGGGCGGCUUUGACUCGGCAACGACCAGCCACCAGCCGGACCUGGGUCGGAAACUGCCGUCCGCCUGGGGCGUUGCAAUGGCCAGCACGACUGCUGCAUCCGCC